GCUAAGUUGGCAACAGUGCAUAGGCGAGCAUAACAGCUGGAAAGCCGAAGUCGUCAAACAGCAACGGUAGAAGACGAAAACGAAUGGAGCGAUAGCAACGCAGUGCAUUUCUAUAUGUUGAGACAUUAAACAAUAAUUAUUAAACAAUUGUCGCUGUCGUAACGAAGCAAGAGCGAGAAAAAAAAACGUGAAAAAAAUGCACAGGCGGUCGGUGCAAACAACAAUGUGGAGAAGUAUCGAAGCGUAAAAAUCAAAGGCGGCAGCCAGCCACUCCAACAACAACAACAACAGCAGCAACACAAAAUCAUCAUCAACCACAAUAACAACAUCAUCAAGGAAUACUGCAGAAAAUAAGACGGAGAAAACAAAAUAAAAGAUAGACGGCAGCAGCUGCGAUUGCUCCUCCAAAAAGUUUUCAAUGUGUGUGUGCGGCCAUAGUGGAAAAGCGAGCGGGGAGCAGUAAAUACAUAAAACAAUAAACACAAAACACAAAAGCAAAACAAACAGCAAUAGCAACAAAUUAGCAACAACAACCACAACAACCACAACAACAAUCACCGCCUUAGCCUUAGCCUUAGUGGAUACAACGAUAACGAGAAGACCAAGAGACGAGACACGAUCAUCCCUCAACAUAACAAAAACACAAAACAUUUAAAUCAUAUUCAAUUAAACUAAAUUAAAUAAAGAAAUAAACGAGUAAUAAUUAUAAUAACAUGUCCUCGCCCAGUGCUGGUAAACGACGCAUGGACAAUGACGUCAUCAAGCUAAUUGAAUCAAAACACGAGGUGACCAUCCUCGGCGGCCUCAACGAAUUCCACGUGAAAUUCUUCGGGCCAACGGGCACGCCCUACGAGGGCGGCGUUUGGAAGGUGCGCGUCUAUCUGCCGGACAAUUAUCCAUUCAAAUCACCGAGCAUUGGAUUCGUGAAUAAGAUCUAUCAUCCGAAUAUCGAUGAAUCAUCGGGCACUGUUUGCUUGGAUGUGAUCAAUCAGGCCUGGACGGCAUUGUAUGAUCUAUCGAAUAUUUUUGAAUCAUUUCUACCGCAACUGCUCACAUAUCCGAAUCCGGUGGAUCCAUUGAACCGGGAUGCGGCCGCCCUGUACCUGCAUGAGCCGGAGGAGUAUCAUCGCAAGGUCGCCGACUAUGUGCAGCGGUAUGCGACCGAGGAUGCGCUGCGGGCGGCGCAGCAGGAGCGUGAGAGCAGCGACAGUGAGUCCAGUAUGUCUGAUUACAGUGAGGAUGAGGCCAGAGACAUGGAGUUAUAAUAUCGGUUUAACAAUCGCCAAAUAACUCAAACAACAACAACAACAAUCGCAUUGACAACAAUUGCUGUCUGUUAAAACUAAAAAGAAAGAGAGAAGAGAGAGAGAGAGAGAGGGAGAGGGAGAGAUACAACAAUCAGAUCGCCUAAUAAUUCAAUAUAAACAAAAUAUGAUGAUAAUGAAGAUGACGAUGAAAACAAACAACAAUAUUAUGAUUAUGAUAUAUACAAUACAUAUAUAAAGAACGUGAUUCGAUGAGGGCGCAUAUCGUAAUACGAUGCGAUAUGCGCGCACAUACUUAUAAAUGCGAUAUAUACAUGCAUAUAUAUAUAUAUACCAACAAAAUAUAUAUGUAUGUGCAUAUAUAUAUUGAUUUAUUAGCAUAAGCAACAAAAAGUUUGAAACAAUUCUUAGUAAUAUAGCAAUUAGUAGCUGAUAAACAAAAAACAUUAAUAAUUUUUGGAAUGAAAAAAACAAGAAACAAAUAACAUAAAACAGAGCAUUGAAAUCUAACGCAAUUAAAUAUGGUUCGAAAAAGUACACACCCAGAAACUACACCCCCCAAAACCCCACCCCACCAACCCCCACUACACUUGACUAGUUGAUCGCUAACGACAACAAAAAUGAAAUCCUCUAAUUAGCCUUUCCAUUUCAAUACCAAUAUCAAUUUCAAUGUCCUUCGAUUUUGCUUGUUAUCUUAAUAUUAUUAUGUUAAUGUAUGUAAUGUUUUAAUGAAUAGGCAACUAAAUGAUCUUUAUAAUUAAAUGCAAUAACUUUUUUUUUAUGUCUUAAUAUUUAUACCCACCUUUCUUCCAUCAUUUUGUGUUUGUGUUUUUUAUACCCUGUUUUUUUAAUUUUUUAUUUAAGUUUUUAAAAGUCGCUGCGAUGGAACAGAACAGAACCGAACAGAAAUCGUUCAGUUAAUUAAGUCUAACGAAAAGAAAUCAAACAAACAAACAAUUAAUAAUAAUAUUAAUAAACAAUUAAAGUAAUUAUAUAAUUGUGUAGAGUUGUGUAUUCUAUAUAUGUAGUUACAUUUACGAUUUUGUGUAUAUACAAUAUAAAUAUAAUUCAUGAAUUGAGUCCUUCAAUCUUGAUCAUUCUCUCUAUGCUUCUCUUUGAUCUUAUAACUAGCUGUUGUUUUGUUUACUUUUAUUGUAGAAUACACAACUCUACACACACAUACACACACACACACACACACACACACACACAUACAAACAAACAAACAUAUACAUAUACGAAGUGUACUUGUAGAACACACUGUUCACAUUUGGGAUCGAAUUGUAGGUACAGUGAGAAUAACCCUGACACGGUUUUUAAGCAAAUCAAACAAGAAAUAAUUAAAAA